UAUAUUAUAGUAUAUUUAUUAUAUCAAAAUGUCAAAAUCAAUUCAUGGAUAUUUAUCUAGCCCUCGGAAACUUUUUCAAGCUUUUAUAUAUACGCCUAUUCAUUUCUUUGACAAAUUAGUCUGUUAUGCCAAAAAUAUCUCUUUCAAAAUUCCAAGGAACAACUGCUCAGUUAACACUGGACCAGAAAAUCAGCAAGACAAUGAGCAAAGUAUAGUUCCCCAAACCUCGGAGCAAAGCAUUGCUUUACCUUACUCGAAAAAGAAACUAAGAUUGCGCAAAUCUGCCAGCAGAAGUAGUCGGACAAGCAGGACCAGCAGGAGUAGCAGAAGUAGUAGGUCAAGCAGAACAAGCAGGACUACAGGAUUACAGCCGGUUGAUAGUUGUAUUCUGUUCGAAUCAAGAUCAACGAUUUCUAACAGACGUUCGUCUAGCGUUUCGAGCCUAAAAAAGCCAAGACGUCCAAGACCUAAUGCCAAACGUUCAAAAAGAAGACGUCCUUUUCGAAGACCAUCUUUCACUUCGAAUGAGCCCACUAUCAACAUUGAAACUGCCGGUCUAAACCGCGUGGAGUCACUCUCGAAGAAUCCAUUUUUCAAUUAUCUGCGGCAACUGCGAAGACAGCACUUUAAUCUUAACGCAGUUGCCUUAGCUAAGAAGGCGGGCCACUUCUGGAGGAACAUGAGUUACCAAAUGAAGUUCCCUUAUAUUGUUAUGGCUCGGAAGCAUCGUCAGUACUGUUUGAAGAGGUUAGGCUCAAAACCAUCUCGAUUCAGUCAAAGACAUCGUUCUAGGAGUAGAUCUAGCUUGAAAGCAAAAAAGUUUAGGAAACGUAGUAAAAUAGAUUUAACAACGAAAACCUCAGAUAGCGCUCCCUCAGGUGAGGUGUAGACUGUACAAUAGUGGUCGAUGGUUAGAAAAAAGAAAAAAGUAAAAGAGAUUUGUGUGAAAGAGAAGUAGAAAGCAGUUAUUAACAUUUUCAAAAUUUUAUGUUGUUUAUGUACAUGUUUGGAGAAUGGAGAAUUCAAUCG